AUGCCUCGUCCUGCUCCCAAGCGAAACAGAUUGACAAAAGGCACCAAGGUCGCCAAAUCCGAAUCCACGAAUCAACCCGACCAGACCGACUCCAAUGCCGCCAAAUCACCACCCGCAGAGAGCGCGUCCGAGGACCCUCGACGCACCCUCCGAAGCCAGACACCACUGACCCAGCGCAAUGAGCAUGCGAUCGAGUCCUCACCCAUUGGAGAACGGCCAGGCACUGGUAGCCGCCCCGGAACGGGCAGUCGACCCCCUACGCGAUCUCGUGGUUACUCGUCAACACUAUCCUUUGCGGGGCGCAAAGGUGACACAAGCUCGCGCGUUCCUGAUACGCCUGGUUUCGAAAACUCCGUUCUCAAGAACUUCCGGCGUCGCCCACGACAGCAGAGUAUCUUGCAAAUGAUGCAAGGAGAGGAUGAUUCACUAGAGUUGGACGACGAUGAUUUUCUGGGCGGGCUCAGUCCCGAAGAUGAAUCUACACCAUUACACCUUUCUCGAGGCAAAUCGCUUCUGAUACAACAAGACGACCAGUCACAAUCGCCUUCCAAGCAAUCGCCUUCCGAAUCUAUACCCUCAUCCGGUGGAUCGCGCAAGCGCAAGCGCUCGGAUCAAAUCCAAGUGCCCCAGUCGCCUUCCGUGGUAAUCACGAAUAGCAUCGUGCAAACCAUCGAGGAUACCCCUAAUUCAACACCUGCUCUUCCCGAACCGACUCCCGAUGUACCCGACGAUACCCCUCGACCCCUACGAUUUGCUGAGAUCUUGAGCCAAACGAUGCUCAGUCCUAUGAGCUCCAUCGCCACGGGCCCUGGGUCUCCAGGCAUCAUUCCCCAGCCCGCACUCGCAAGCAAGAAAUUCAGAGAUCCCGCUCAUAUGUCUACCGCCGUAUUACAAGAACGACUCCUCCCACGGCGACGACAGCGCCCGCGUAGAGGCCGGCCAGUGGAUCAGUUUGAUCUUCCCAGCGACGAGAGUGACGAUGAGGACGAGCUGAGCUAUCUGCCCGCCCGACGAUCUAGGCGGAGCGGGACUUCGAGCAAACCCGAACCUCUAAGCAAUGCCCGGGAUAAGUCCAAACUCAACAAUCAAAAGCAAAGAAAAAGUCGGUCCAAGUCUGCUCCAGCCGCAAAAUCUACGGACGCGCAAAAGUCGACAAGACGCUCGCGGUCACGCAGAAGUGGAGAUAUCGACAAGGAGAAUGAGCAAAACCUGUCCUCACCACCAUCCUCACCUUUAUCCUCUCCGCCCGAUUCAGAUGCGUCCGAGUCUGAAGCCGAAGUACAACCGCGUCGCGUCAUGAGCGCAGAAUUGCGCGCUGCGGCGGCAAAGUUUGCCGAGGUCGAUAAAUGGGAAAUGGAGUUUGAAGAUGUUUCUGCAUCCGAAGUAUAA